ACAUUUGUACGGUUUGUAGUGUAUUCAGUAUUGUAGUUAAUGUCAUCACCGGUCAGCUCUUCGUUGCUGUUCGGUAUGCCGUCCGUGAAACUAGUGAAAUAAUAUGUUUAGUAUGUAUAGAAUUAAUGAAACGAAAGAAUGUGAUUUACAUAAAUUAAUCAAAUGGCUGUCAAAUUACCAUACAGUUUGUGAGCAACUAUCGUGUUCGAAAUUAAAAUUGUUCUCCCAGCGUUUGUUAAGAUAACGUUCUAUUAGUAAUCUAGAAUAAUAAUAAUUCCUUUACUAUCUUUUAUUUAUAUUUUUUCCUUAUUAUUUUUUUAUUGUUAUGCGUUCCACACCGAAGUCUCAACCCGAAUAGUUUACAGCGUUACAUUGUUUAUAUUAGCUGUGUCUGCAUAGUUUUUAGUUUAGUAUAAUAAGCAUGAACAACAUCAGGGGUUGUAUUAAUUAUUUGAAAGAUCCAGAGUUGGUUGCUCGUUUUCAAAGAUUUUUCGGAGUCUUACGCUAUGAGAUCUCAGAGAAUGGCACCAUGUUACCAAACCUUGAAAAUGGCCAAUCCAAAACCAACAGCAGUGUUGUGCGAAAGGAAAAUGAGAUUGAUCAUUAUAUUACCAAUCACUUUUGGUAUUAUUUGUAUUUGUUCGGCACGUAUCUUGGUGAUGAAAUUGGAUAUUCAAUUAUCAUACCAUUUUUGAUUUGGAAUGUAGACUCGGCGGUUGCAAGGAAAAUGGUACUUGUCUGGGCUGUCGUCAUGUAUAUUGGUCAGUCCAUUAAAGAUAUAGUACAAUGGCCAAGACCAGCAUGUCCUCCAGUUGUUAGACUGCAAACAAAAUGGUCCAUUGAAUAUGGAAUGCCAUCAACUCACGCAAUAAUCAGUCUUGCUUUACCAUUUUCUAUUUUACAUUAUAUAUCAAAUCGAUAUCAAAUUAACUAUAGUAUUGGCAUUGUUAUAGUACUUUUAUGGUGUUUGUUAAUUUCACUUAGUCGUUUAUACUUGGGCAUGCACUCAGUUUUGGAUGUGGUUGCUGGUUUAUUAUUAGCUAUUUUUUUGUUGAUUCCAUUUAUACCAUUAGCUGAUGUUUUAGAUCGUUAUCUGAUGUAUAGUAAAUGGACACCAUUGUUACUUCUUAUUGUUACUGUGAUUUUAAUACUCAUUUAUCCAACUGGUGAACAGUGGACUCCUACCAAAGGUGAUACAACUAUGAUUGUUGGAACUUGUGCGGGUAUAUUAACUGGAGGAUGGUUGAUGGUCACAUUAGGUUUGCAGGAUGAUUUUCGUGUUAUUAAUCCAAUAAAUAACUCUAUUAAUUGGCCUACGUUAUAUGAGAUAGGUGUGAUUGUGAUCAGAAGUGGUUUGGGCUAUGUGUGCAUAGUCUUGCUUUUCUUAAUUAUUAAGUAUGCAUUAUGUGUUGUAGAUGUAAUUUUAUUAAAAAGUGGUAUUCAAAUUAUGGAUGAUGUGCUGAAGAGACAUAUUCCUGUAUUAGAUAUUACUUAUAAGUAUAUCACAUUUUACUUGGUAUCUUUCAAUAUUUUAGUUCUAAUACCUCUGUUGCAAAAACUGUUACAUAUGGAAAGACUGUCAUAUUACCAUGAAGCUAAGUAGUGUUCAGCAUUU